CUUCUGGUUUUUUCUGCCCCCGGCUACCGCUCACCGUCGGCCUGUUUACCCCAGAGGCCCAAAACACGAGCCGAGCGGCGCUCGGUUGGGUCGCCCGUCUGAUCCCCAGAGCUGAAAGCUCAGUGACAGCAGCGCCGGGAGCUCGUGUGUGUGUGUAUGAGAGAGAGUGUGUGUGUGCGCGUGCGUGUGUGUGUGUGUGUGUGUGUCCACGAGCGCCCCGGACCCCGUGCUUAGUAAACACUGACGUUUAUUUGGCCAAUGGCGUCCAGUCGGAGCGCUGCGUCCUGCACGGAGGAGGCGAGCUGAGCGGUGUGGAGCCCGGAGACGGUACGGCAGCAUGGCAGCUGUGAGGUCAGUGCCCAAGCUGCUGCGGUGAUCUGACCACCCCUGCCCUUCCCCAGCCACACUUCUGCCCUGGUCCUCCUCUGGUUGAGCGAGCCCCAUCCAGAGCCGCGCUGCCUGGACUCGACAGAACCUCCAUGGCGGGUGAGAAGGGCCGUCGCAGUGCCAUGGACAUCAAGCGUCUGGCCGGGCUGCUGCAGCGUGGGGCUGGCCGCCUGCUGGUCAUCGAUAGCCGCACCUUCUCUGAGUACAACGCCUCCCAUGUGCACGGUGCUGUCAAUGUCUGCUGCUCCAAACUGGUGAAGAGGAGACUGCAGCAGGAUAAGGUGUCAGUCACCGAGCUCUUGCAGCCCAAUGGCAAGGUCAAGGCACAGCUCCUGGUUCCUGUCACCACCACUGUAAAGAAAUCCAAGCAAGUUGAUCUGGGCAGGAGACAGGAGGUGGUGGUGUAUGACCAGAGCACGAAGGACGCUGGUCAGCUUUCCAAAGACGGCUUUGUCCACAUUCUCCUGAGUAAGCUGGAUGGAACGUUCCACAAAGUGUCUCUGCUUACAGGUGGCUUUGCAGCAUUCUCUUCCUGCUUCCCGGGCCUGUGUGAGGGGAAGCCAGUGGCCACUCUGCCCAUGAGCCUGUCCCAGCCCUGCCUGCCAGUGGCGAAUGUUGGCCCCACACGCAUUCUCCCCCAUCUUUACCUAGGCUCGCAGAAAGACGUGCUCAACAAGGACCUGAUGGCCCAGAAUGGCAUCACGUAUGUCCUUAACGCCAGUAACACGUGUCCUAAACCUGAGUUCAUCUCUGAGAGCCACUUCAUGCGCAUUCCUGUCAAUGACAACUACUGUGAGAAACUGCUGCCCUGGCUGGACAAAACAAACGAAUUCAUCGACAAAGCCAAGGUUUCCAACAGCCGAGUCAUUGUCCAUUGUUUAGCGGGCAUCUCCAGGUCUGCCACCAUUGCCAUUGCUUACAUCAUGAAGACAAUGGGCUUGUCAUCAGAUGACGCGUACAGGUUUGUUAAGGACCGUCGGCCUUCAAUAUCACCAAACUUUAACUUCUUGGGUCAGCUGCUGGAGUUUGAAAAGGGCCUCCGGCUGCUGAAGGCACUCUCUUCGGGUCAGGAGAAGAGUGAGCAGCCCAGUGAAGCUGCAGAACCCAAAGGAGAGGCCGCCUCAAGGCCCAAGGAAGCUCGACUGGAAGGCGAGACGGAAAUCUCCUCAGAGUCUGAGGCCAAGCUGCCAUCGCCGACGUCACUCCAGCACGGCUUCAACGGCCUUAACCUGUCAGCUGAGCGCAUCCUGGACACCAACCGCCUCAAACGCUCCUUCUCGCUGGACAUCAAGUCUGUCUACAUGCCUGGCCAGUGCCCCCGAAUCACGCCCGUCCAUGUGGAGGACGUCCCAAAACUCUGCAAGCUGGACAGCCCAAGUCCCAGGGCCUCGAACGGUAUCUGCCAUUUGUCCCCGGCUUCGGACAGCCCCAGCCCAGCUGAUUCAGAGAGCAGCUUAAGGCCACGUUCACGGAGGAAAAGCAAGCAGAAUGGCGGCAGUGCCGGCAGUUCGCCUGUCCACUCUUUCAGCUUUGGCUUAGCCCAGCCCCCUGUGCACAAGAGCCCCAGCCUGGAUGAGAACCUGAAGUCCCCCAUGCUGCUUGGCUUGCCCACUUUGGGCACGGGACCCAUGUGGACCAAACAUCGGGACACAGCGCAGGCCACCACACCUGUCACACCCACUGAAUGUGAGAAGUUCCUGUCUUGGCUGGACAAAACAAAUGAGCUCAUUGACAAAGCCUCCAACAGCCGAGACCCAGCACAGGCUACCACGCCCGUUACACCCACUGGUGAUGCCCCCUGGUUUUACGAGUCGCUGAGUGGUGGAGGAGGGGGUGGAGCAGGGGCAGUGCACUUUCCUGGGCCACUGGGCUGUGGCGCCCUUCCUGGGCCGCGAGAGGCAGUGCGUCUGCGGCCGAAAGCGAGUGAGGUGCGGGAGGCGCGGGCUAGUUGGCACGAGGAUGCUCCUGUUGCUGCAGGCAACUCUGCCGACAAGCAGUUCAAGCGUCGCAGCUGCCAGAUGGAGUUUGAGGAAGGGAUCCAGGAGACGCGCUCGCGAGAGGAGCUUGGCAAAAUUGGCAAGCAGUCCAGCUUCUCAGGCAGCAUGGAAAUCAUCGAGGUGUCCUGACAGCUGCACUGCCCACAGAGACUGGAGGUGCAUGAAGGCGGACAGGUGCCACCUACAAGCUAGAGGAACUGAAGGAAACCAGGAAGGGCUGGUUUCUGACUAGUGGAGCAUUCGUUUUAGCGAUUUAGGCUGAAAUUAGGCUAAAUUAGCGCUGAAAUUACUGACUGAGAAAUGGGACAUUUGGACUGUUAUGUUUGUCUCUGAGAUUUUGAGCUGGAUACGGGCAGACUUCCCUCUAUCUCCAGUGUUUUCAAGCCAUUACCCUCCCACAAGGAUUUUGAGAAGGCUAAGACUGAAUUGCUGUAAUGUAUGUGCACAACCAAACCCAGUCGCAGAAUCCAACUCUCUUAAGUGACAUGUUUCCUCUUAAAAAAGCUUUACCAGUCUCACAUUGUAUAGAGAAUAAAAGCAUGGCUCAGUCCCUUCCAGUCAUGCUUAGUCCUGGUAUUUACUCUACCACAAGACUCAAUGUAUUUUCACCUCCACAGCACAAGGGGGCCUCUACUGACAGACUCAAAGCCCUGGCACAGACUCUUGCUGAUUAAAAUGAAGGCUUCUUUGUGUAUUGCUUUUGUCCUCCCUGCUCCUGUAUCCCAGUAAGAACGGAAUCCUGGAGGAGGAUGCAGGAAUGUUAUGAAGGAAAAGCAUUGUGGAUGUUUUCCUGCAGUGCCCUCUGUCACUCUUUUGUUCUCUGUGUUUGUUCCUUACCUUUACCCAGAUUUCACCCCCACCCCUCCCACUGUAUAAUGGGAGGGCAUGAAAUGAACUACCACCCACCUUUCUCACACUGAGCAUGCUCCAAGGCUGCUGGUUCCCCUACAGAUGAAUAGUAUAUACACUAUACAUAGCUAUUUCAAUGGACAUUUUUAAUGCUUUUUUGGUUCUUUCAGUUAUAGUUUUAAUUUAUUAUAUCUGUUCAUUCUGGUAAUGAGAAAUAAUAUAAUGAUUGUGGAAUCUUUUUUUUUUGUGUUGACCUCAGUUCUUUGGCUGUAUGGUAUUUAUAAAAUCACUCACAAAACUGAUACACAACUACAAGCAAUAUGUGCUCUUUUCUUCAUCUUUUUCAUUCUCUUUUUUCAUCUAUAAGGGAGAGUGAUUAUUAAAACAAAUUCAUCUGGUAUUUUUCAUGCACUUUCUGUUGCUUUAAGAAGUUGUUCAUGGAACGUCUCAUCAAAUGGGUACCACGAUGCUUUUCUAAGCCCCGCAUUAGCACACCCAUGCUAACCGUGAUGUCUUGAACUAUAUAAUAAGCUGGGGCUUUUGGCAUGUUUUCACCAUUUACAUGUAGGCUCUGAAGAUUAUGCUCAUGUGUUGUCUAGAAUAAUCUAGAAUAAGCGAUCCACAUGAUACUCCAGCCUCCUAAAAUUAACGUAAAAGCACUUCAGUGCAUUUUAAAUUGGAGCCUUUUUUAUCUAUAAGCACAUAUGAUAAAUGCAAUUUUUUUAAAACAAUGUUGACAGGGACUCUUAGGGUUUAAUUUCUGUCCCCUUUCAUUUUUCGUAUUUAUGAGUUUAUUUAUUGUGAGCUCGGGCCUGUUUCUGGGUGGAUGGAGUGCAAGUGACUGAUGUAGAUGAACUUUAUUGAACGCCAGUCAUGAAAUAGGGGAGUAUUUUCAACUUUUGUUCCUUCACUCAUAUGUGCAGGUUAUAUGAACAUGAUCCAACCCUACAAGACAUGUUCAAGCUGAAGUAUUAACCCAACACAUUAGCUGUGCCUACCAGUCAUCUUGUCUCAGUUAUCUACACUUCUGGAAAGCAAGAGCUGGGUUCAUGUUGGGUUAGAUGGAAUACACACUGAUAGUGUAGUGUGGCAAAGACAACAGCACAUGAUUUCAGUUUAGCUCAGGGGAAUUGCACAUGAGUCCCAACUCUGAGCUCUGACUACCUGCACAACUCUUAUCCUCUGUCUCUCUCUCUCUCUCCCUCUCUCUCUCUGUCCCUCCCUCUCUGUGUCACUCUCCUUUUGUCUCAUGUGCUCUCUUUCUUGUAUUUUGUUCUGUCUGUUUGUCUCUUUCUUUCUCUCCCUCUAUCUGUAUGUCCCUUUCUCUUCCUUUCUGUCCCUCUCUUUCUACAUCUGUCCCUCUGUCUCUGACACAUCCACACAUUUCUUCUUUCAUUUUUUCUUUCUUCUAUGUUCCAAAGGUUUAAGAUCAUCACACUGAAAGGGUCUGUGUGUGUCCAUGUGAAUGGUGUUGCCCUUUUGAUGUGUGAUGGUUGGUUAUUUAUUUAUGGAUGUAUUCUCAGUUAGCUUCUCUCUAUGGCAAACCUUUGACCUUGUACUUGUGCUGCUGUUGGUUUAAUUCUCCUUGUGUGACACAUUACCUGUUUGUUCCUUUUCUUUCCUUCUUCUAUAUUUUUAAAGAUAUUGUUAUCAUUAUUUAAGACAUGUAAUGAAAAGAUGCAGGCUGUCCUUUUUUGCUGAAACUGUUUAAUUGUUGGCUACAACAUUAUUAUUAUUAUUAUUAUUAUUAUUAUUAUUAUUAUUAUUAUGUUGUGUAAAUAACAACGUAUCUACAAGAAUAAUUGGUAUAGGGAACUUUUUAAGAGAAAAUCCUGAUACCUUAGGCUGCUUGACGCAAAAUACCUCAGGUUCUAUUCAAAGGCUUUUUCCUCCCCUUGUACCUGUUUUGUGAAGAUGAAACAAAAAUACAAACAUUACAAAAUAUGA